GCUGUUCUCAAACACACACACACACACACACACCCCUCCAGCGGUGCUUUAUAAGCGCUCUUCUCUUGAGGAUCUCUCUCCCAGUCUCUCUCAGCUCUCCUGAAGAUCUCCAUCUGUUUCUGAAUCUCCUGCUGAACAUGGCACCAGUCGGAUCAAAGAGGGGUGUUCUGGAGCGCCUGGACGCCGGGGAGGUGGUGAUUGGAGACGGAGGCUUCGUGUUCGCGCUGGAGAAGCGAGGAUACGUGAAGGCCGGACCCUGGACUCCAGAGGCCGCUGCUGAGCACCCCGAGGCCGUGCGACAGCUGCACAGAGAAUUCCUGCGGGCCGGGUCAAAUGUCAUGCAGACGUUCACUUUCUACGCCAGCGACGACAAACUGGAGAACAGAGGGAACAAGCUGACGUUCACGGGUCAGCAGAUCAACGAGGCCGCCUGCGACCUGGCCAGGGAGGUGGCCAAUGAGGGCGAUGCUCUGGUGGCGGGCGGAGUCUCGCAGACACCCUCCUACCUCAGCUGCAAGAGCCAAGAUGAGGUCAAGAAGAUCUUCAAGAAGCAGCUGGACGUCUUCAUCCAGAAGAACGUGGACUUCCUGAUCGCUGAGUACUUUGAGCACGUGGAGGAGGCUGAAUGGGCCGUCCAGGUUCUGAAGGCAACAGGAAAGCCUGUAGCAGCCACUCUGUGUAUUGGACCUGAAGGAGACAUGCACGGAGUGACACCAGGAGAGUGUGCGGUCAGGCUGGUCAAAGCUGGCGCUGAUAUCGUGGGAGUGAACUGUCACUUUGACCCCAUGACCUGUGUGAAGACCGUGGCCAUGAUGAAGGCCAGCGUGGAGAAAGCUGGUCUGAAGGCGCAUUACAUGACACAACCUCUGGCCUAUCACACACCAGACUGUAGCUGCCAGGGAUUCAUCGACCUGCCAGAGUUCCCCUUCGCUCUGGAGCCCAGGAUCCUCACACGCUGGGACAUGCAGCAGUACGCCAGAGAGGCCUAUAAGGCAGGGAUCCGUUAUAUCGGCGGCUGCUGCGGGUUCGAGCCGUACCACAUCCGCGCCGUGGCAGAGGAGCUGGCAACCGAGAGAGGAUUCCUGCCUGAAGCCUCUCAGAAACACGGCAUGUGGGGCAGCGGCCUGGAGAUGCACACUAAACCCUGGGUCCGAGCCAGGGCCCGUCGUGAUUACUGGGAGCGUCUGAAGCCGGCGUCCGGUCGCCCGCUGUGUCCGUCCAUGUCCACUCCCGACGGCUGGGGGGUCACCAGAGGUCACGCCGAGCUCAUGCAGCAGAAGGAGGCCACGAGCGCCGAGCAGCUGCUGCCGCUCUUCCAGAAAGCUGACGCCAAACACUGAAGAUCAGCUCCGGAGACGUCCGUCUACCUCGCCCGUUUACACACGCUGACAUCAUGACGAGCGUCGAGAACUUCAGCAGGACCACGAGAAACCAAACCAGAGCCUCAUCUCCAGUAAAGUGACCGUCUCUGCUCUUUCGGAGCCCCAGCUUCAUUCCAGAUGUUCAGAACACUCCAGUCUGAUUCCUGACGCUCAAUAAAACCCUGUCAUGAUCUCA